CGCACUGUAACAGGUGCAGGAUCCGCGGAAGUCGCUGCAUACGGUCCAAGCGUCAGUGAAACCUUCUUUACUCGUAUUCUGACAACUCUCAUCACUCAUCACUGACCAAACCAUCCGAGUUCGUGGAGGAUUCGCUUCCAGUCAUUCUGAAUCUGCAAACGUGCUUUCCUUAUGGGUUUCGAAUGAAAGGCCUUUUAUACUUCUAUUGUGGCGUAUUUGGCCUCUGUCCUGCAUGGUACAGUCUCGAUAGACAGUCGUGGCUCUGGGAUACUCUUGUUCAGACUCUGUUCAUAGGGACAACGUCACACUGCCAGAUAUCUGUGACACCGCACUCCGACGCCGUUGUCCUCUCUCAUGGUGACGAUCGUGGCGAUACGCCAAAACUUCCUUCAGGACACGUCAUUGUUCGUAUGGUGACCAGCUUUUGGCCAGUGCCAGUGCCCAUAUUCUGUGCCCGUGCCACAGAUCUAUAAGCCUCCAAGAUCGAACAGUGGAAUGCCCAUUGUCUCAUUGUAG